AAGGGAAAGGAAACAGCGACUUCUCCAUUCCGACCCCCCUCCCCUCCUCUCUCAUCUUUAGCUGUACCGAGUGUUUGAUCGAUCGGAAGCGUUGAGACGAGUAACGUUUAUUCCUCGGUUUCAGGGUUUCUUGGCUGGUUUUUGACUCCCCCUCCCGUAGAGCCUGCUGUUGACCGUGAGGAAUUUGCUUCGCGUGUAAUUUCCAGGCGCCAGAUUUAUCGAGCACAAAGUUGACAGGCAAGCUAGCUAGCUAGCCACCUAGCUAACUCUUGGCUAGCUUACUCGCUAACUAGCUUGCAGUGCUGGUCGGAGGAGCCCAUUUUUUGCAGACAGUUUGGGGGGCGUCGUUUUGUCAUUGCACUGCAACUAGUCGUGGCCAUUCCCCCCUGAAAUCUGAAGACUAUUUGCGGUGAGGUUUAGAGCGGUAAGCCGGUUGCUCCUAGCUAGCGUGCUCGAUAUAGCCUGCUAGCUAAUACCCUGCGUAUUUAGCCUGGAAGCCAACUCAAGGCCUCAGUCCAGCACCACCAUCAGCUGCCACUACCACCACAGUAUUUGCAUUGCCGUGCAGUGAGAGUUGACAGCUUACUUGGUGACACAGAGACUUCUCCCUGAGGAGCCAAGAAGCAGACGGCUCAUGACUUCUGACCAGGACACGAAAGUUGUAGCUGAACCACAGGUGCAGCAAGUACAAGAGGCAAAAGAGAACUCUCAUUUGGAAUCCGCCAAGGUUUCAGACCUCAACCCCAAUGCGAAAGCAUGGGCCAACCACAUGUUUAGCCUGGACCCCAGCGGAAGUGCUGACACCACAACUGCUGCCCUGCAGCCAUGGAAGGAAGGCUGCGAUAGUUCGGCCGACCCCGGCCCAGAAGGCUAUGAAGCCAGUGAAGACAAGGCUUUCAAGGAGCCCCUACUAACUGACCCAGAUGAGCCUCCACCGGUGCCAGUAAUGCUGGCAGAGCCAGCCCCCGUGGCCUCCGUCACCCUGGAGUGCUCCGAGCCAACGUACACAGAAUACCCCGAGCCUGGGCAACCAGGGCGCACAGGUAGUGAUCCCCAGCAAGAGAGUCCCCAGGAGGGUUUGAGGGAGCACCUGAAGAAGACCUUGGAGUUCUGUCUUUCCCGGGAGAAUCUGGCCAGUGACAUGUACCUCAUCUCCCAGAUGGACAGUGACCAAUAUGUGCCAAUUGUGACGGUGGCCAACCUGGACCACGUCAAAAAGCUCAGCACUGACGUGGAGCUGAUCGUGGACAUUUUACGAUCUCUGCCAUUGGUCCAAGUGGAUGAAAAAGGGGAGAAGGUGCGACCUAAUCAGAACCGCUGCAUCGUGAUCCUCAGAGAGGUUCCUGAGAGCACGCCCAUAGAGGAGGUCGAGGCUCUUUUUAAAGGGGACAACUUACCCAAGUUCAUCAACUGUGAAUUUGCCUACAAUGAUAACUGGUUCAUCACCUUUGAAUCAGAAGCAGAUGCACAGCAGGCAUAUCAGUAUCUCCGGGAGGAGGUGAAGACCUUCCAAGGGAAGCCUAUUAAGGCGAGGAUAAAGGCGAAGGCAAUCGCUAUCAACACUUUCAUGCCAAAGAACGGUUACCGGCCGGUGGAGGUGAACCCGUACGCCCAGCAGCGCUACACAUCCUACUACAUCCCACCGGUUUACAGCCCCCAGCAACAGUUCCCCUUAUACAGCCUCAUCACACCACAGGCCUGGUCGGCCACACACAGCUUCAUCGACCCCACACUGGUUGCACCAUUUCACAACAACCAGUUCAUCAAUGGAUUUACCACAUCACACAGUUUCAAACCAGCGACGUCCCCGCUCACAGUCAGACACUACUCGCCCAGGAACAGGAAUCACAGUAAACCUCACUUGAGGCCAACCAUCCCCACAGCGGACCGCAGCACGGGGCUCCUGGACAACCCGGGUCUCUUCCCCAGCUUCCCCAGUGAGAGGCUCAACGGGGUUCGCAGCAGUCCGCCGACACGACUCCCCACCAGCCAACCCAGAACCAGGUUACCCUCCACCGCAGCCUUCCCCCGCAGGGACACCGUGGGCACGGGGCGAGUGACCGAGCCCACAACCCCAGACUACUCCCUGGGUAUCGGCCGAGGAAGGAAAAAUGUUUCUACUUCUAGGAAAAAGAGGGACGAAAAGUUUACAAGAGUGACGCCACAGUCGCCACCUCCUCCUCCCAAACCUCCAUCUCCUAGCUUUGAGCUAGGUCUCUCCAGCUUCCCUCCCCUUCCCGGAGCAGCCGGUCAGCUCAAAACAGACGACGUAUUCGACAACCGGCUGGCCAGCAGCGUAGUUGUCGGAAACGCCAAGGAACGGAAUGUAAUUGCUGAUUCCAGUACUGGAGGAGUUCCCUCUCCAGCGGGCCCCAAAGAGCCUCUUCGGUCCUCCACCUCCCCAAUGCCCACAAGCUUCCAGCCCUCGCCAACUACCCCGACCCCAGCCUCUGCCCCGAUCCUGACCCCAGCCGCCGGUCCACCACACAGUCCCGCUCCCUGCCUCCCAGCAGUGGAGGUGAAGGUGACGGAGGUGAAGCCGAAGGAGGUGCAGAUGUCUGUGGAGCGAGUUCCUGGCACUCUGUCCACUGCAAGCAAAUCAGUGCAAGUCAACGGUGCUGCCACAGAGCUGAGGAAGCCUUCCUAUGCUGAGAUCUGCCAGCGAGUGAAGGACGCCCCGACAGUACAGCAACCACCGACCCCCAAGGAAGCCAAGCCAGCCUGCGCUGCCCCCGCAGGAGAGGAGAGGAAGUGCUCCGAUGCCGCCACCCCUGCAGGGGAGGCCAAGGCCAGAGAGACAUACCCUCCCUCCUCCAAACCCGGCUCGGCUGCCGUCACCCCGGGCAGACCCCCGAGGGAGGCCCGAAGGCCGGGCGGGCGGUGGGCCUCCCCACCCCCACACCCAGGGAAAACCCCCAGCAAAGAUCCCCACCACUCCCCACCCAAGUCCCCGCAGUAGGGCGACUCCCUGCCCCUCCCUGAGUCCUCCAACCCCCCCAACUACGCUCCACAGAUGCGUUUAAAAAGAGGAAAUAUAAGUCAGGGCUACUCAAUACUUAUAUCCCAGAAUCACCAGUCACAACAAGAAUAGAGGACGCCUUCUUUUCUGGAUCAGGGCUUGCAGACAAAAAGCACUUUAUUGUGCAUGUAGAGCACCGUUUCAUUCUUUUUAUUCUAUUUAUUUGCUUUUUUUUAUUUGUCAGUUUUAUUUCUCCUUUUCUCUUUUUGCAUUACGUAGUUGUGUCAGCCUAUAAGUCGGCACAGACAACACUGAAAUUUAUUCAUUCUGUCCAAAUGGCCUUGUGGGAUUAAAUUAGUCUUGUGUGCGAAGCAGCAGGGCAUUGUUGGAAGCCACCCCAGUGGAUGAUGGGAAAGAGUGCGUACAACAGACUCCACCUUGUUUGGCUCUCAUAGUGAGGGGUUUGUUUGCAUGUUGAGUGGCACCGUUGUGCAACUUUAUGUAGCUUAAUUAUGGGUCAUAAUUAGCAGAUGUGUUUUUCAAUACAUAUUCAUAUCCAUAUGCAAGACUUAACAUCGAAAUGUCACCACAACGAGAUUCAAAUCCUUUUUGGUGUACAUUGCCUCAAACUGAUUUCCCCCCCCCCCCCCCCCAGAUUUAUUUAUACUAGAUGACUCUUGUUUGUUGUUUUUGUUUUCUUCAGCAGCUGAGCUUUGUCUGUGGACUUACCGUUACUCCUGGUAAUCAUUGCUGGGUGUCGCCUCAGCGAUUUCUUCCUCUGAUCAUUCUCUCUGUAAAGAAUCGCCUCCCUCUGCUGUUGUUGAUUUUACUGUUUGCUAACACUGCUAACUAGCUAGCUGUAUUGCUUAGCUUGUAUCUAACGGCUGUGAUGUGAUAUCAGUGCUGUUUUUAGCGUCGGACAAGAAGGGCAUGUGGAUAUCUGCAACCAAAAGACAACUUGGGCAUUGAGACACCUGUUGUCACCCAAGAUAUGUUUGUUGAGAAAGUCUUGAAGUGGAUUAAGGUGUGUGUUUCUACGGCUCGCAGUGUGUGUAAAGACAUUUAAAGAAUCGGAGGAAGCAAAAUUUUCUCAGCAUUGCAUUUUUGGGGAAAGCAGAACAAGCUUUCACAGCUGCAACACUCUCUUCUCAUUUCCUAAUAAAAACUGUGGAAUAAAACUUUAAUCAGGCACAUACCGUCGAAGGAAAACAUGGGGAGGAUUGUCGGCCGACAAAUUUAAAAUUCAGUUGUGACAAUAAAAUGUCCGCUUCCCAUCUGAAGCGGUUCAGUUCACUCUGGAGUUGUGGGUGGGAGGAAGUUAACACUAGCUAGCAUUCAGUUGCUCGGUCUGUGUAUCAUUGUCACAGGUGACCAGCUGUCAUAAGGAGGAGGCGUUCUUGUUCUGAACAUCUGCUGAGACAACGUGACUCUUUAGGGGACAUAAAGUGUUCGUUUCCUGCACUCAAGAGUGGAGUUUGGGUACAGAGAGGUGGCAGUGGGAUGUUUCUUGUUUUUCUCCUCUAGAAAUGGUGCUAGAUGUUGAAUCCUGGAACCUGUUACUACAGCUCAUCUGAUAUUGUAUGUAGAAAAUACUUGAUUCUCGUCAACAGAACUUAAUUUGCACUGUAAGCGUUCUCUCAGACUCAAAGGCAAAUGUGUAAUUUGAUUAUCAUACCUGAAGCGAAAAAGGGAAUUGAUCCUGAAGGGAGGGGAAAAAAAACUGCAAAUUCAGUUUUCCAGGAGCAAAUGAACCCUGCAACACCAUCUCUAUAGACACAAUCGCUGAAGCCUUUUUGUUUUUUCGUUGUCGUGCCUUGUGGAUGCCUGUUGAACACACUGUGGUGAAGGAUGGACAUUUGUGCAGCGUCACAUGACUUUACAGAUUUAUCUAGCUUGUUGUAUUUUUGACUGCUCGUUGCGGAUGCUAAUAUUUAUUUUUGCUGACGGACUUGGUGCUCGCACAGGCAUGCAGUGGUUUGGAUUUUGGCCUCUGGUUCUGUAUCAAUGAGGAUUUUCAUGGAGAGAGUGGUUGUAAAACUGUUGAGUUGGAAAGUGAGAUGGUUGGAUAGACCUAGAAUGUUUUAUGAAAACAAAAACUAAGCUGAUGAAGGUAAAUGAUGAGUGGGUUUUUUGGAAUGUAGUUUGCCAUGUUGGAAUGUGAAAGGGAUUUUGUCGGGAGUCCUGUUGGGGCUCGUGUUAAACCAAACAUCCUUUAAAUAAUUAGGCGUUUAACAAAGAGGCAGACAAGAGCAGUUGGGUUUACAGCAGGAACACGAUGAGGGAAAUCUGAAGCAGUCGUGUAAAAUCCAUCCUCAGGAUGAAAAUGUUCAGCUUCCCCUUCUUCUUCAGCACACAGUCUCUACCACUGGGGUUGUCUGUUGUUUGUUUUGUUUUACUGUCAGCAUGUUCCGUCGUCUGUUUCUUCUAGUUCGAGUUUUCACACUUUGAUUUAUCCUGAGUUGUUUCUUUAAAAAAAUAUAUAUAUAUAUAGAAAAGAUUGACCAAAGCACGCAGUCCUUCUUACUACUUCACUUCUGUUUUCUGGGGAUAAAUUGCACCUGACGAGUUAAAUUUAAAGCACAGUGUAAAGGAAACCAACCUUUUACAUCCUUUACUCACCUUGAGCCCACAGAAUGUGCUUCAUGAUGGAGAAGCUAACAGUGCAGGCUCAGUUGGACUCAAAUCGAGCGACAUUUCGGAUGACAGCUGUUUGUUGGGGAGCUGGUGGAACAUUUCGAUUCCUCGGUCAGAGUGAAGUAGCAAGAAUUCGAAUGCAGGGAGGAAACUUGUGUUAAUUUAAAGGUUUGGUUGGGAGGUCUGUCUACUGUAGCAGCCACUCUGACAGAUAGCCAACCAAGUCUUGGAUGUGUUACUGUUUUCUAAAAAUGUAAUUGGCUGGUAAAUCUGUAAAAAUCAUUGAUACAGGAGUUCUGAAAUGACUCGAAAUAACAGAUGAAUGACAAAACUGUAAGUAGGAAAUGUCAAUAGUUAGUUUUUUGGGCAGCAUAACAGAAUUGAAGUGAGUUUCCCUCCCUGAUCAUCAGUUGUGUGCUUGGGUUUAAUCUUUUAUCACCUCAGAUGCAAAAACGCCCUUACAAAAACCACUGUACUAUACACAAUAUCUGUUCUGGGGGAAACACAAACCUACACGACAUGGGACCUCACAUGUCUCACCAAAGUCUUCCUGCAACAAGAAGCAUUCUGGAUAAUUCCACUGAGAGAAAACAGGCCAUCUGGAGAGGGGAACGCUUCAUUAAAAAGCCUGUAAUCCCCCUUAUAGCUGCUUUUGAUUUGGACGCUAAAUCUUGAGUUUGCUAAAAUAUAUAUAUAUAUAUAUAUAUAUAUAUAUAUAUAUAUAUAUAUAUAUAUAUUGAUUUUCUUUGAAGGACUGAGAUGCACUUGGAUGGGUCAAUUUUUUUUCCUCAUUGGUGGAAAUGGUAAAAGAGAAAUGCACCAUAUCCACUUAUUUAUAAACCAAUGCUGUUUAUUCCAUGAGAGAUAUCGUUAAGUUUUCUUUUUAGGGAGAAGAAAAUAAAUAGAGAUGCAUCGAGGUCUCUAUAUAUAUUCACAAAAUGUAAAAAAAAAAAUUUCCAUCCAGUGUUUGAGAAACUUGAAUUUUAUUUAAACUUGAAAAAUGACUUUGCCUUAACUUUUAUACAAGACAAGCAUAGUUUAUUUCUUUUCCAAAAAAAAGUCCCCAAAAUGUUAACGAAGCGUGACACGUGGAAAAUAUUUAGUCGUACCAGACGUCACAAGUCUUACUGAAAGAGAGAGAGAGUACAAAUCUAGCAGCGUUUUCUUUCUUUUCCCUUUUUUUUGUUUUUGUAAAAUGUACGAAAAAGAAUAAUUUUUUUGAUUGUUUGUUUUGUUUCUCGUAGUUUCAGGUUGUUUUGUUUUGGGGAAAAUAUAAACCUUGUAAAUGCAAAACUAGUCAAUACUGUAUUAAAAUUGUGCACUUUGAAGUGUGUGCUUUGCUUGUACAGUUGUAAAUACUCAGAAAAAUAUAAGAGGUACCUUAAAAUGAUAAUAAAAAUAUAUUGAUCUUGUUGAACUAUUAAUGUCGCUAUCGAGCUGGAUGUAGGAUAUAAAAAAAACAAAACGUAAUGUCGUGCUUUUGGAAAUAUUUUUCUUUAACUUUUUUUAUUUUUAGUUUUGGUGUGCAGAGUUUGAAUUCUGCUCCUCUCUGCGGGGUGGGAACCUUGUCUGAUUGUACAUUUUCUGUUUUUGUUUGAUGUCUUUCAUUCCAUUUUUGUACCUGUGUGGUCGGUUGCACCUGAGUGUACAGGUGUGUCCUUAUCCCCGACCUCCCCCUGACUGUGCACUAAUUGAAAAGAGCCUGUGGUACUGACAAGCAUCUUAUUAACGAACCCUACAAAGCUGCGUGUCCACCAACAUCCUCUUUAAAGCUCUGGCUUUUGUUUCUUCUACUGUUUACGCUUGGAUUUUUUUUUUUUUUUUUUUUUCCCCCCAAGAUAUUUUUGCUGUUUUUUUUUUUUUUUUCUUUUAGCACAAGAAUCUAUACGUGUGAAGCUGUUAAGCAGAAAAUAAAAGCACUACAUGUUUUUUUUCCGUCACUGUGCAACAGCUGCAGCCACUAAUGCAAGGUAUUUUCGACAUCUUUAAAUACUACUGUUACAAAACCAAGAAAAUGAAUCGAUGUAACGGAAAAGCUAUAGUAAACGUAUUAAUGUUUUCCAACAGAAUUGUAAUAGUUUCAGGGGAGAAGUAUCCUCAUGUAGACCAUGACACUAAUACUGAACAUGGAUAUACCAACUUGAUUGUGACAUACAUAUGCAGCUCAACAGCUUAUAAUCAAACUAUAUCAUGUCCACGAGGUGGGCAGCAUGACAAGACAGCAUCUAAUGUUAGACAAUAUUAAUACAACAAAGAGUUGAAGUUCUGCCUUUGUUUAAGACUUAACUCCAGUUUUGCUCGAACUAUUUGUGGUUCUCUGUCCAUAUUCAAAGAUGAUUGCUUAUCUUUUACUGUACUGGAUGUUAACAUUUGUGCAUUUUGUCAUCAAGGGAAAUAUUCUUUCUUCUUUCUGAGAGUGAGACGAGAAUAUUGAUACCACUCAUGCCUGUACAGAGCUGGAUCUGUUUAACCUAGCUUAGCACAAAGACAUCAAAUGGGGGAAACACAAGCUAACCUAGCUCUGUUCAAAGUUCAAAAAUACAUCCACCAACACCUCUAAAGCCCAUUAAUCAUCAUGUAUUGGUUCCAGCACAUAACUCCCACUAACAUCAAUCAGUCAUAUUUGAUCUUUGGACAGAGAAAGGUUAGCUAUUUACACUCAUUUCCAGUCUUAAUGCUAAGCUAGGCUAACCAUGUCCUGACUCAAGCUCUGUACUUAUGUACAUUUGGAGUGGUAUCGAACUUCUCAUCUUCCUCUCAGAGAGAAAACAGAUAGGCAGAUUAACGAUCUCAAUUAUUGGGACUAAUGCCUAUAAAAUAUCAGUUUCUGUACCAAUAGAUACCUUACUUCAUUUUGAAAACACAGGCAGCUGAACAAGAACUUUGCUUGAAUCAAAUUAUUUAAAAUUUGUUGUAUAUCAGAAACUUUCUGACCCAACAAGAUUACAAUCAGACGCCAGCUCGACAAACAAUUGGUUUCCAGUUUGGAUGGUAUCAAACUGAAGAUACCCAUCCCUACUUAUGAGCUUUGAUCAUGUAUGUAUGGCUAAGACUCAUGGGAGAUGUAGUUAUUGAUUGAUAUGAUGGUAAAUUUUGAGUUUAUCUUUGUAAAAAUGGGGCUAAAUUGUGUUCAUGUCUAAUCAGUGCUGGUUUUUGUUUUUGGUUCCAGUUGAGCUUUUUUGGAUUGGGUCAUCUCUUUAUUUUUAUUUAUUUAUUUUUAUUUAGUAACUUGGUUCUGGUAGAUUUUUCAAGGGCAGCUGUUGCUUGUUUCUCUUAGAAUAUGGACAAAAAAAUCUAUUGUUUUUAACUUCCUGACAAAUGAAACCAUCUUGACAAAGUCCAAAAUUUGAAAGCUAGAGUUUAACAGAAGCGAAACAGAAAACUCUGGCAGAACUUUGGCUCUCUAUGUUACCGUCAUAUUUUGGCGCACUGAUGUCAGUUUGACCUUACCCUUCCCUACGAGCUGCACCUCGUUUAGCCACUUUAAAAAAGAGUGAUGCCUGAUGGACACGUCUGUUUUGUCUUCUGUCUUCAGACACGCUGUGCUUCAAGGCAUUGUGAUGUGUUGAUGCCCAUGGACGAUAUCAAACUGAAGCACAUUUGAAGCACAUUUCAGAACAUUCAGCUUGUACAGCACACGACACUCGAGGUGGGAGGUUAUUGGAAGCCAACUGCAAAUGGGACGACGAAUUUUGGGCUCGUGGAUUGUAAAUUUAGUGACUUAAAAGGGGAGGGGGCUCAAUUCUUCAGACACUUUUUGGGAAAUGAAGUGAAAUGUUUGAUUUGUUGUCGUCGUGGCAGGUUGAGCUAAAAAUGUCCCCACCCGAGUGUCGAUGUCGCUACCAGACGAGACAUCCACUCAGCCAAAAAGCGGUUGAAACCUGCUCAGUGUUGUUAUGUCUACCUGUUUUUCCCUUCUGAUUUAUACGUUUGAGGUUUCUUGUUCAUGUUCCUCAGCUUUCAUGACUUCCUCUCCUGAGAAAUAAAUGUAAAAAUAAAUUUUUUGUUUUGUCUUUGGGGAGUUGGAGACAGACGCAGAGGCUCAACUGGAAUCACAUUGUUUUCUUAACAUGUUUGAGAGCGACAUACUGUUCUGGCACAUACAAUACAAUAACAUACGCAGAUUGAGAUGUCUGUUAAAACCAUUUGAUCACGUGUGGACUGCAUUUUGAUGUGGCAAAGGAAACCAUUAACUGUGCCAUUACACAACUGUUGUUUUUGUCUUGACUGGGCAGUUUAACCUGUACAUAGCUGAGCGCUUUGCCAUCCCUGGCUUUUAGUUUCGUGUUUUAUUUUCAAGAUGUGAUUUUUCUUUUGUUCCUGAAAGUCCAUCAAAGACUUCUCACAUCUGGAGAAAUCUGCAAUGUGACAUCACUGACUGUAGGAGCAGUUUUUUUGUGCGUUGUAACUCUGCGGUCGAUGCUAGCUGAGGUCGAGGCAUGUUCGACCUCAAACUUUUGAGACGUCAAACACAGACGCUGAUUACAAACUGGGCAUCCCUGAACUGUGAAUGUGUGCAUGUGUGGAUUAAUAAAUGUACCACCCAGAAAUCCA